UGCCCAUUCAUCGGUGGAUUUGGGCGUUGUACUCCGCAUCUAAUUUGCGGCUGGGCCAAUUUCUCCGUUUACAAACUCCGCUCGAGAAAAAAACAAUUGUAAGAAUCCGCGUUUCUUUUUUGCGUCUUUGCCACAGUUUUACGAGGUCUCACGCGUCCCUUCGUGGUCAUUUUGGUCUCGGCCUGAUUCAUCGGCUACGGUUGGAAAAGGAGGUGUCGGCGCUUGACUUAAAUUUUUUUGGGAAGGCAGCUUUCGGUCUUUGUUCAUUCAUUUGAUCGGUUGGGUUCCUUUGUUGCACCAGAAGCAUGGGAGCACAAAUUUCCAAAACCGCUGGAAAAGAGGAAGCUGCGGUCGAAAAGCCAGCAGAAGGUGCAGCUGUUGCGGCCAAGACAAACGGACAGGAGAAUGGCCACGCCAAGACCAACGGGGAUGCCUCUCCAGCUGCAGAGGAGGCCAACAAAGCAGAUGUUCAAGCCAACGGCAGCACUCCCACUGAGGAGGUGCCAAAAGAAGAAGGCGAGAAAGUAGAGGUUGUUGAGGCCAAUGGCGAGAAGGAGCCCGCCGCCACAAACGGAGAGGCUUCUGCCAAGGCGGAGGAAGGCACCCCAUCCAGCAGCGAGGACGCCAAGCAGAAGAAGAAGCGUUUCUCCUUCAAGAAACCCUCCUUUAAGCUCAGCGGCUUCUCGUUUAAGAAGACCAAGAAAGAGUCUGAGGAGGCAGUAGAGGAGGGAGAAGGAGCUGCUGCGGAACCGGCCGAGGGAGAGAAGGCGGCAUCAGAGGAAGCAGCAGCCGCUGAGGAGGCCAAACCAGCUGAGGCUGCUGAGGAGGGAGCCAAGGAGGCUGAAGCUGAGGAGCCAAAGGCUGAUGAAGGGGCCAAGGCAGAAGAACCACCAGCAGCAGCAGCAGAGGAGAAACCCGCUGAAGCUUCACCUACUGAACCAGAGACUGCAGCCAGUCCAGAGGCAACGGCUGAGUAAUCCUGCUGAACCAGACACCGGAAUGAAGGAGGCGACGGAGCCCGUCUGAAGAAAUGCGAGGACUUGUCUAAAACCAGGGAUUUGUUUUGUUCAUUUUUUUUUUUUUUUUUUUUUUUUUUUUUUUUUUUUUUUUUUUUUUGGUGUUUGUUUACUAUUCUGCAACCAUCUCAUCCUUAAUGACUGCAAGGUCCUUGGCAGUGAUGGGCAGGAGGUGUACUGGAGAGUGUGCCGCUUCCUCGCUGCUCAUUGGUGCUUGCAUGUGUGACAUUGGGCGAGUGUGACAGUGCGAAUGUUUGUGUGAAUGUUUUUUUUUUUUUUUCUCUCUAACAUGAAACCAUGACGGUGUUGACACGUUGCUGAAGUAUUUGGUGCUGGGCAAUUGGAUGUAGCAGCUAAAGCUGUGUCUGCAAGAUUUGACACAUUGUGAUAUUUAAAGGGAAAUACCUAAACCAAGUCUUAAAUGUUGUCUUUGCAGUGCACAGUUGUUUACAACUCUUAAACUCGACGCUCCUGUGGACACAACCAUUCCUGAUUGAGGUAGAAUUAGUUAACUGUCAAAAAUGCUAUGUGCUCAUCACUUCCCCUUAGAUUCCACCAUUUCAAAACUCUGUAGUAAUGCACAUUGUAUAGACUUUGAUAUUACUGGUUUUAUGACUGAGAUGUACCUAAAUGACUGAAGUUUUUAACAGAUUACCCAUUGUAAAUGAAGUUUUUCUUGUUUUUCACCAUUUGUAAGAUUGAAUAAAAUUGGGAGAUGUUUUAAGCAAA